UCUCGGAUUCUUCAGAUGCGAAAGCCAAGGUAAGUAUACCAACUGUAUUUCAUCCCGAAAAGGUUUUAUUAGAAACUGUAGUAAGUGUAUUAGUAAUAAUAAUAUCUCACCAAAAACUAAGAUCCCAUCUACGCCUCAGAGAAUUUAGCAGUGAAAAUGCUGAUUACUACGGAAUUACUGCUGAGACAUUAUGUCCAUUAUGCAAUUUAGAUCACGAUGAUGAGGAAAGUAUAGAAGGAAAAUAUAAAGAUGGAUCUUAUUACAUUAAAUGUGAGAAGCAUGAAACUAAAAUAACCGCAUAA